AUGAAAUACCUAGAGUACCCUGAGCUCGAGGUGCUAUCACGCGCACUGACAUUUGAAAUGUCAGAAUGCAGGGUAUUUACGCGAAUCGAGGCCUAUUCCUGCAAGGCUGUGAACAAGGAAAAACGCCUGUUCAAGUCCCUUGAAUCAUCAUAUUUGUUGUCUGCAUCGACGUCUCCGCCUGCGUAUUUGGAUGAGGCUCUCGCGUCGCCCUUUGGACGGCUUGAUCAGCCGUCCGCACGCAAGACCCUCUUUCUUCUAAUAGCGACGCUGAAUGGCGCAUUUCCUGACCAUGAUUUCAGUGAAGUCAAUCCUGCAGACUUUGUGCGCGAAUCCAGUCCCACGGUUGUGCUGAACAGCCUGACAUCAACGCUCCUAAGCCUGCGCAACGGUGGAGGCUCGCCAUCAUCGCUUGGCGGAUCUUUGGACGAGUCGCCGUUGCUCAGCUCCUUGGCUCGUUCGCCACUUGCUUCUGAUCCGAGGCCAACAUCAGGCGGCGGUCUGGGCACGAGUGCGUCCAGCACGUCACCUUCAGCACGUCCCACAUUUGCAUCGCUGCCCUCGGUGAUUGACGAGAUCAUCCACACAGCAGACUGCGAAGUGUACACAUUCCACCCAGACAUGGACUCGGAUCCACAUGCUAGUGCAGAGCCUGAUGAAGAAGGUGGUGGCGACAUGUACGAAAUGGAUCCUUACGACGAAGGCUAUUCGGCUGAUCAGGACCAGGCUCUCGGCAGUCAUGGUGCGAGAUUUGCAGAAGGUGUCGGUCGCGACGGGGGCCUCAGUGGUGGGGAUCAUCGUGAUAGAGUGUUUUCCUUGAAUGUGCGGGACAGUUUCGGUGGCACAGAAAGAACAGCCUUGUCAAUGGCGCAUGAAUCGCGCAUGGACCUGGACACACACUUGGCAGCCGAUACACCCAUGUUUGACGAAGACAUGGACACAGGCACAGUGGCGUCUUCGUCAUCACUCACGACACCUACGACGUUUUUCAGUGGUGCUAGUGGGCUAGAAUCGCCCUCACUGACUGUAGACGAAGAUGACUUGGCGGGCGCGGGCGCCGGCCUCUUGUGGUCGACAUUUGCGUUUUUCUACAAUAAGCGCAUGAAGCGGAUCUUGUUUGUGAGUGUAUGGAGUCGAAAGAACUCGCCCCUGGGAACCACUCCUACCAUGUGGAGCAGUCCCUCCUUGGCACCUGCUCGGAUAACGACAGAGGACGUCCCAGCACUCGGCUCCAACACGCAGUCGCUGCACGACCGCUUGUCGGAAAGAUCCAAUGAGUCUCGCCCUGCUGUGUCAACACAAUCCUCAACAGCACGGCCGUUUCGAGCACGCCGAGCAGCUCCGUACUCAGUUGUCGAACGGCGUACUCCACACCAAUCACGCGGACGCUCGGCGUCGAGUAGUCCUGCGCCCAGUGCUCUGUCGCCAUUCCCGCAUGUACAAGUGCCACAUGCUGGCACCAAGACGCUUGUGCCCAAUGCUUCGGCCACAGGUGGCGCCGCUACACGUACUCCAAGGACUCGUUCGUCAUCGACAUACGCGUCUCUUGAUGCCGCCAUGUGCAGUGUGAGUGCGCCAGGACCUCGUGCGCUGGAGCCUCUUAGUGGACUUGCCUCGAGCAAGCAACAACAUCGACGAUCAGAUGGAGCAGCGCACCCGCCGAUGUGA